AUUUUCCGCUUUCAAACUUAUUUUGUUUUAGUUAGAUAAUUUUGUUGGUACGUGUAGAGAGAGAGCAUUGAACAAUUAAAAUUGUGUUAUUUCGAUGGUUGAUGGUGUAAAUAGUUUUGUGUUGUCGUUCUCAUUGGUUGUGGAAGUCACUUCUUCUUGUUUGUUACUCCUUCAUCCCCUGAUGCGCCUCUUCUCCGGUCAAAUCUAUAUGUAUAUUUUCUGCUUGACUCUUUGGGUGUUGUUUCACAUUCAAGAUGAUGAUGGGCAGGUUGCCAGGGAACAUGGCAUACACAUAAAAUUCAUACCCAUUGGUCAAAUUACUAUUUUGCACACAAGCAUCGCAAUUGAAAUUGAAUUUGCUGCUUUUGCAAUGAAAAUAGAGAGAAUGGAAAAAUUUUUCACGAGAAUGGCAAAAUUUAAUUUUGUACUUUGAAGAAUGUCCUGACAACUUUUCGGGGAUGCUCUUUUGAAUAAACUAUUUUUUUUUUGUGUUUGUGUGGAAAUAUUGAUGGUUUCUGCAGAUGCAUUCGAUAUAGGGGAAGAUUGAUUGAUAAUCUCCCCCAGAUACUUUGGAGAUUUUUUUUCUUUAGGGGAAAAUUUUUAUUGGAAAAAUUAUGAGAAUUAUUUAAUUGCAGAAAAUUUAUUUUUGAACAUUUUAGAAUAAAUAAUUCUCUAAUUUAUUGUAAAGUUCUAGUCCUAUGAAAAUAAAAUCAAGGAUUAGUUCUAGAUUCCUCUAUAGGCUGUUUAAAAAUUUCUUUAACGAUUUAAAUGAAUUUAUUAUGUACGUGAAAAAAGGAAAAUUUAGUGAAAUAAACCCCUUGAUUUUAGCUGUGAUUUUUUGUGUGUUAUUGCAUUAGCAAUCGAUUAAAACUAUUUUCACAUUAGCAUCCGCGUUUUUUUCUCUCGCCACCUCCUCCUCCUCCUCCAUUCAAUGGGUCUGUAAUAAGCACAAACUAAACACCACAUAAAAUAACAUAUAUAUGUAGCUGUGAGGUGUGUGGAGAGUUAGAAUGAGGAGGAGGUAUUAGAUGAAGUGAGAGAGAGAAAAAAAGUGAACUACAUAAUUUUCUUCCUUUCAGUUUGUUCUUGUUGAAUAUUUCACAAAUAUCUCCAAUGUUUACCUUCAUCGAAAUCUCUCCUUCACUCAAAAAUAUAAGGUAUGGGUGGUUUGGGUGCUGCUGCUUCUUCUGCUGUGCUAUAUAGGAAAUGUGAGGCGAGAGUUGAUUCUUCUUUUUUUUUUCUUCAUGGCACCUCUCUCGUAAAGAAAAUAAGAAAAGAUACGAGAGAUGUGUGAAGAAAAAUUGAAGGAGUAAAUUGUGAAGAGAGAAGUAAAGAAGAAAAAAAAAACGAAGCAAUUUAAAGAGUUACCAGACACUGAACACGCGGUGUCAAUUAGAAGGAGGGGAAGUUUUUAGCACAAAAAGACCAUUGAUAUAUACAUGUAAUGUAUGUAAAAAUAAAUAUUAAAAUAACUUUUUCUCAUACAACAACAAAAAGCCGUAUGAAAAAAAAAGUUCAAUUUGAACAUUUUUUUUCUCUCUCCACUUUAGCUCGGGUAUAAAAAGAUUGCGAGCUAUUGUAAUCGAUGACGUAAAAGAGAUUUAUAAUAAAAUUUUCAUUCUAGAAUAGUGAUUUCUUUUGGUGCAUAACCAGAAAUUACUGGUCAAACUGACUUUCACUGCUUUGAGAAAUUUUUACUUUUUCUUUUUUUUUCAUAAACAAACUCAAAAGCUAUUUUAUUCACCAACCAAAUGACGACAAAACCUCUUUUACACCGCUGGGCUCUUUCUCAUUUUAGCAUCAUCAUUUAGCCAGGGAAAUUUUCUAUUAAGUUUUUAGAGUAAAAGAUAAUCAAUGAUUUGACCUCUAUUGGAGAGGGUGUUUUUUUCUCUUCAAAACAUCUUGUGAAUUCUAGGAACAACUAUUCCACAAAAUCUUGAUCUUAAUCUAAAUCUCUUUGUAACUUCAUUUGAGAGAAAAUUCUAAAAGGAGACAUAAUUUUUUUUCCCAUCAAGAAGUUUAUUCUACAUAUAUGACAGGAAAUUCGAUAAAAAUUCAUUUGAAAAUCUCAUUUUUAUACAAAGAAUAGAAAAUGUUCACAUCCUUGAAUGUUUUCACAAAUGUAUAAGAAUUAUAAAUAGGAAAAAUUGAGAGCACAUUUCUCCAAGGGUAUAAUGUAUUGAUAUAUAAAUAUAGGUCUCGAUAUAUGUAUAAAAUUCACAUCCUUCCUCGCGAAAAGCGAUUCCCCUGUGUCCGUUAUAUAAAAAGGGUUUUUUCUGUUGCCUGUGGAUGGAAUGGGAGAGAAAAUCUUUGACAAUUUGAUUGAAACUCCUUCCGGAUGAAUUUCGCAUGAAUUUUCUCCUUCAUCUGACUCUGAGGUGUGUGUGUGUGUGUGUGAGUUUUGUGGAGAGGAUAAAAGAAUGUUGCGUGUCAAUUGAAUAUCCUCUUUUGCAUUUUUCACCACACACACCCCUCUAUCCUCACAGGCCAAGGGGAGGGUGGAUUUUUUUGCUACUCUCCCACAACAAGGUGUAAAUAUCUCAUGAAGAAUCAUUGGAAUUUUUUUUUCUUCAACAAUUUUGUGUCACUUUCGUGUGAAUAUUGCAUUAACUUUAAAUACAGUAUACAUAUUAGAGUACACACCAUGAUGUUAUGGUGUAUUUUUGGAGGUUAUUUUCAUUGAAAAUUGUUAGUAAAAAACAUGUUAAUGUAAUUAAAAACUAUUUAAUGUACUAUAUUACAUAACAUUACAGCACACGAAAAGGACUUUCAACUUGAAAAACGUUUUUUUUUUAGUGACUUUUCGCGUUUAUUCUAAUUAUGUUAUAGUUUAUAAAUAUAUUUUAGAAAGGAGAAAAUAAUUUACAGUUUAAAGACUUUAAUCGAGCAAAUUAUAAAAGGAUUUAAUAUGUUUUGUGAUAUACUAUAUAUUUUUCGAAGGGGUUAUAAAUGUGUUUGCCAAAAAAUUUUUGGCGCUUCGUUAUACCUCAUUUAAUUUCAAAACUAACUGUGGGAAAAUGUAAUCUAUUUCCCAACCGAGUGAAAGUGACCUUUUUUGUGCAUAAUCAACUAAAAGUUUUUCAAUUUAAUUAAUUUAUUUUUAGAUAAUUUAAUGUUUUAAUAAAAUAUUGUACAAUAUAAAUUGAAUUCCCAACAGUUGUUGGUAAUAUGAAAGAAUUUUAUGUAGGCACAUAAAUUCUUUACUAUCACGAAAAAAAUUGCAGAUUCAUCCCUUAAUUUUUUCGUUGUUGUUACUCUUUUAUGCACAAAAAAAUAUAGAUUGUGGGGUUGCAAGAAUUCUUCUUAAAGCAUUAAGAACAUGAGAAUUUUCCUUUGUGCAAAAUUUCCAAGGCAUUCAGAGGAGUCAAGGAGUCUCUCUCCAUCUCACUCGUUGUUUUCUCUUUUAACUCAAUAUUUAUCCCCUCAAAGUCGUUGUACUUAAAAUUACUCUUUCUCUCCAAGUUAUUUUUUUUGCCUUUUUCUCCGGGUGUCUGGCUAAAUAUUUUCUCUUUUGUGAAUUUUCUCUCUCUUUUGGUGUUCUUCUGUGAGUUAUAUAUGUGUCAGCAUUUGUUGGAAUAUUGUUUUUUUUUUUCUUCAUUGCUUUCUCACAGCUACGACCCCCAUAUCGUCUCCCCGCGUGACCCCCAUACAAGACGCGGCGCAAAGAGAGAGAGAGAGAGAGAGAGAGAGAGAGUGAAAAAAAAUGAGGGUGAAAUAUCAUGUCUCCUCUAAAUAUGGGUGUCAACAUGAAAAUCUUAUUGUUGGGCUGCUGUUGUUAAGCAACUCACACAAUUGUGAUAAUAAAAUUGUGUACCAUGUGUAAUUCCAGAAGAAAAGACGCGCGCGGGGGAGACGACGAUGGGAGUGAGGAGAAAAAAAAGUCAUACACUCUUUCGGAUAAGAAAAUUGUAUAUGACGUGGAAUGGGGCACGAAAAAAAAAUAAUAAAACGAGUACAGCUAAAAGGGGGUAACCAGGGAGGGGAGGGGAAGGCACAGAUGGAGUACUAUACAAGAGCCUUUAGCACUAGAAUUGAAAUAUAAAUUACUAAAAGUCUAUCUUAUCGCAGAGGAUUGCUAUGAGAGGCACUUGACUUACAAAAUAUAAUUCACUCUGAUAACAAUAUAUAACAAUCUGACUUUUUUUUAUCAUUUUUUCCUUUGCCUUCAAGCUAUACAAUUUAGCCAACCAUGCACACACAUGAAGAUGACAAAAUUGUAAUUUAUCUCUCAUUUAUGACUGACGGAUUCCAUUCUAAAAGGAAUUUCGUACUAGUUUCAUACAACAAUUAUAUCUUAAUAUUAAUAAAUAGCAAAAUGGUGGUUGUAAAGAAAAUCUCUUCGUCGUGUGCAACAAAUUCUAAGAGAAAAUUUGUGCAAAAUUUAAUGUGCAAGACAAUAAAAUUAAUAUGCAGAAUGAUUUUGAAUAGAAGACAAGGAUGAGGGGUUGCCUUGGGCGGGAUUAUGCACGCGAAAUGAAUAUAAAAUCUCCCUCUUCGACAUGUGAAAAGAGCAAGAGAUUUAUUUAACGCAAAAAGGCAAAAUAUGGGAGGUAUUGGGUGGAUAUGUAAUGUGUUGUGGUAAAGGAGAAAAAUUGAUAUUGCAGCACAUGAAGUAUAAUCUACUUUUCAAACCCCCAAUGCCAUUCAGCAAUAAUAUUUUCUGUUGCUAUAUACAAUUGUAUAGUGUUGGUAAUAAAAAAAAAUAUACUACUUGAACAUCUCAAAUCAUCAAAAAAUUGCGAAUGAGUGCAAAAUUCAUGUAUGGGUAUAAAAAAAAAUUUGCUAAAAGCGCAGAGAGAAAAGAAUGAAGGAUUUUGCCACACUCUGGCAAAAAUUGAUUUAUUUUGACGAUUCUGUGUUUAAUUGCUAAUUGGUUUUUCUUUCCCAAAUCAACAAUGAUUCGCUUUGCAUAUACAUAUUUAAUUUUUAUUACAUAUUAUGUUUUCUGUGUGAAAAGGAAAAUUAUUUUGAAAAUAAAAUGAUUUGUUGGCAACAUUUUCCCCAAAUUCAAUUUAAGUUUAUUGUGAGCAAUUUGCUUUGCCAUUGCUUUUCUUUUAUUAAUAGUAAGACAUUGUGGAAUGUUUUGUGUAGCAUUCAAUAGAUGGCGAAACCGAUAUUUUACAAAAUAGCCUCAUUUUCAUGCGUUUAAAAACUUUAUUUUCCUUCUAAGAAAUAUGAAAAGUUUGCAAAAUUUUCAAAUUUAUCUCUUGUUGGAAAAUCCCCAAACAUUCCGUAUUUCUUCUCUAAAUAAUGAUAAUGACCAACUGACUCAUUAAGCAAUUUUAUAUGCGAAAAAGUAUGUAUAUUCAGCAGUAUUUAAACAGUGAAGGAACACAUAUUUGCACAUGAUUGACCAUUUCCUAUUGUCAAAUAUAAUAAAAACCCAUGUUUGAGGAAAAUAUUUGGAAAAUGUAUGCAAAGAUUACAAGAAAAAAUUCCAGAAAAUUUCCAUAAGAGGAGACCAAAGUAUCACAGAGAGAAAUAUUUUUCAUUGAGAGAGAAUUUGAAACAUUUUAUGGGGUUUAUCUUAUAGGGUGAAUUGACAGGCUUGUAAAAUUCUAUAAAUUCAUACUACAUAUAUGGAAGAAAAUUGAGGUUUAUUUUUUUUUAAUCAAACCUGAUUUCCUAGAAUUUUUUCUUUGGAAUUUUCAAGAAGUUUUCUUUCAAAAUUGGGCUUUAUUCAGCGACCCUUGAAACCCUUGAAAUUCGCUUGAAAUCUUUAAAUUUUAGUACAAAAUUCAAAGACUUUAAGGGUUUCUUGGUCACUGAAUAAGGCUCAUUGUCUAGAAAAGUCAAUUUUUUAACCAAAAAUUCUUGAAAAUUGAUUGUAAGAUGGUUUAAAACUUUUCUUAUAAACAAUCAUUUUCACUUUUAUUAAAAUGAAAAGUUGUUAUGCUUCAAAGGACAUUGAAGCUCAAAAAAAUUUAUUUUUGACUUUAAGAUUUUUUGCGUCUAGAAAAUUUUUAUUUUUACAUUGAAUUUUAAGCAGAAAUUAUAUAUUUUAUGUGUUCGUUAUUUGAAACAUUCUAUUGAAGCUUUUUUUUUGUAGUGUUUUCUCCCUCACCAAUGGUAAAUGCCCUGAAAUAACCUUUUUAUCGUUCUCAAAGCGAGAAUUUAGGGGGUAGUCGAUUGGUUUUUUAUAUACAUACAACACUGACUAAGAGAAUGAUGAGUGACUAUUUUUUUUGUUGAUCAAUGCACAUUUGCACAUUUAGGAGAAUGAGAGAGACGUAUAGUGGGUGAAAGAUUAUGAUGUGAAACCCUGAAAUAUGAUGAUGAAUAAAUAGUGCGAGGGUGGACGAAAAGAUGAUGCAAAAAAGCGAAAAAAAAAGAGAUUAGAGAUUUUUUUGGGCGGGGGUGGAAGGUAAUUGACGAGAUGAACUUUUCAUACAAAAUAUAUUCUACUCUUGGCGCAGACAUUGCCCUCUGAAUGAGUGUCUAAUAUGCUGCCUAGUUUUUUUUUUACCCUUGAUGAUCUCUCUCACUCACAGUCACUAUGUACAUAAAAUUGGAAUGACCUGAGUGAUGGCGAAUGGGGGUGGCAGGAGGAGUGUGAAGGGGGCUGGAAGGAAAAAAAAUUAAUGUGGUGUGACUGCUGCGGUCCGCUGACCAUGUUGUGAGAUAUGGGGGUUUGAUAAGAAAAUGAGCCAAUAUAUAGAAAUCUCUGCGCAACUAUUCAUAGCACAGAGAGAACGAUUUUUCGUCUUGUUGACCAUUUUGGGUAACUAUAUACUGUAUAUGUUACAUUUAUGUAUGUAAUGUAGACUUUUAGGGGGAGGGUGGAAAAAUAUUUAUUCAUGGUACACGGUUUGAAAAUUAUUAUUUAUUUAUACCUUAAUAUUUUGCUUAAUGAUCUUCUCAGACGAUUACGUGUUGACACUGUGUUGUGGAAUUUUCUCUUUGGGGCAUUUUUUAUCAAGAUUUUUCCGUGUGGAAAAUUUAUUUAUUUAUUUUUUUUUAUAAAAUGCAACGGAAACUUGGGGUUAUUGAGGCGAAUUUUUCUCUAUUUUUGACCCUUCGCAAACAGAUGUUUCUGAAAUAAUCUUAAAAUCACAUGGAGUUGGAACAAUUUUUAUAAAUUUACUUUAUGACAAAUGUCUUCUUAUUUAUUUCCUCUUGAGUGCAUUUGAAUUCUCAAAAAUAGAACACAAAGAAAUGUAGCAUCUAUGCCUUGAAAAAUGCUAAAAUGGCAUUAAUUCUUCAAUGCACAGAGAAGAGAAUACAAAAAAAAUCAUGAAUAAAGAAAGUUAUUUUGAGGCUCUCCUCUGCCCUAAAUUGUAUUAAGGAUUAGAUGGGAUAUAGUCUUAGAUAUUUUGGUAAAGGAUAUUCCUCCUGUAUUUAUGUAUAUUGAUACCACCCACCCAACAUAAUAUACAUAAAAUGUUGCAUUAAAGGUGUGAGACAAUGUACAAUGUGUGAACUCUUCCUCUCUCUGACAUGCAGCAAAAGGAGGAUAUAAAACAAAUAAUCUGUACUCAACGGUCUACAUUGGGCCACCGUAUGUAAAUGUGGGUCAACCUUUUUCAAUAACCUGCACUGUAUCGAUAAGUGAAUCCAUACAGUGGAUGAAAGAUGGUGAAUUAAUUGAAAAAUAUAGCAAUUUCAUUGGGAGGCAUCAUGUGAAGGAUGAAAAUUCCUAUGUACUCACCGAAUCUGAUAUUGAAGAAGAUGGUGAGAAUGUAAUUCAGGCAACAUUGGGGGUGAGUCAGGCACAACCAUGGCACGAAGGGAAGUACCAGUGCAAUACACUUCAUCCGAAUUAUCACUAUUUGCGAGUCGUGGUGAAUAGUGGUGGUGGUGGCGGUGGUAUGGGUGGAAAGUGGGAGGAUUUGCAUAGACAUCGUCAGCGGGAGAAGCAUGGGAAGGCAAGGACAACGUCGACGACGACGAUGGCCGCCGAGAUUGAUGUCGUGGCGUCGCAAUUGACGUCGUCGAGGCCGGCAACGACGACACAAGAGCUGGACACUGAGGAUGGUACCACCAGUGAAACUAGUAAUGAUGAUGUCGACAGUCAAAUUGACGCCGGCACGAGUACGACUGGGAAUGGGAUGGAUGCCGAAGAUGCGGAUGAACGUGAAGAGGAGAAAGUAGUGGUGGAGGCGGAUGAUGGUGAAGAUGGUGCAGAAGAGGAGGCCGAUUUGGAGGAGAUUGUGGAGAGAGUGAAUAAUGGCGACGACGGAGUAGACGAUGAUUUAGUGGUUGAUAUUGAGGAUGAUGGGGGAAAUGGGAGGAAAAUUGAGAUGGAAAAUGUUCAUGUCAAUGAAUUAGGUGAGGAUAUAUGGGGGGUAUCUACUGCUGUGAGUGAGACAACACACCGCAAUCUCAUACCCAUUGCGAUACUCGAUGUGGUUGAGGAAGUUAUUGAGAAAUUAUCGAUGACAUCAUCCACGGCUCGUGCCAUCACUCACGGAAGUGAGAGUGAUGUCAGAGGAUACAGCGGGAAGGUGAUGACGAUGACGACGACAAGAGUGGAUUCAAAUCGUGUGGAAAAUACUUCUGGGAAGAAGGCACAAUGGGGCAGCACACGUGGGAUGGAGCCCACUGUGGUGGGCAUCAUUGCUGAAAAAGAUAAACAACUGGAGAAAAUUGUCAAGAGCAAGGGUGAGAGAUUAAUCAUCAUCAAAAGAACAUCUUACACACAGGGUGGUCUUAUUUUUCGUCAAGGAAAAAAAAUCAAUUUUUUCUCUAAAAAUUGUGGGUCAAAAAAAAAGAGAAUUCUUCCCAUAAAGCGUUAAAUAGGAAAAUAAAAAAAAAUCUUUAAUUCUCUCUUUGAUGAAAGAGAAGAAAAUUCCAACUGUUGGUUUGACUAAAAAAAAUCUUUGAAUUUCCUCUGCAAUAUAUUUUGCCAUUUUAUUCGGGAAAAUUUAAUCAUACAAUUGACGAGACCUGCAAGAGGGACACCCUGUGUGAAAGUUUUCUCCAAAAUAUACAAAUAGUUGAGCUUGAAAAAAAAAUCUACAUAUGUAUGGUGUCUUCCCAGAAAAAAAAUCAUCUACAGCAAAAAAGAUUGGAAAAGAGAAUCAUAAAUAUGGGCAAAAAGUUGGAAAUCACAUAAAACCCCCAUCUCGUCUUCCUUCCUCCCCUCAAAGCUUUUCUUCUUUUUUUUUUCUUCUUCCAGCAUCGCUCAUGUUUUUUGAUUGAAAUUGUUUAUUUUCAUGAAUUUAGUGCAUUUUUUUGAUUAAUUGUUCCGCAUUAAAAAAUAAUAUUUAUAGCAUAGCUGUGCUAUUUAUAUAAACUAUCUUACAAACAAAAUGUUAUUUUUAUAAAAUAGUCUUUUGUACAUAUUUAUAAGCAGCAAUCUUCCUUACUAUUAUUACAAUAGUUUCAUACUUUGUUAACAACUCUGCUAUCGAAUGAAUUUUGUUAGUCAAUUUAUUCUAAUUCCCUUUUUGUGUUUUUUUUUAUUAGAAUUAAUUGGUUUGUCUGAAAAGUUUCCUCUUCUCAUAGUCAAUUUGUCUCGUCACUUUGAAAUAUCUAUUGCUUGCGGGGCUCUUCUUGAUGUUGUGUAGCAUUCCCAACAUCAUUGUGUGACCUCUCUCGAUUGAUUUUAAUUGAUUGGAGCGAUGGGGAGACACAAAAAGUCGACUCAUUUCACUUGAGCAGCACCCACCACCCCCUACCCACCGCUAUGUGUUUCUUCCUCCUUUUUAAAAGCAACAUCGAUAGUCAUUGAGAAGAAUGAAGACAAAACUUCUGUGUGCGUGUAUUUAUAUGCUAUGUGUGGAUGUUUGCUGGGAGUUGAUAAAAAAUUAAAAAUUAUAAACUCUUUGUUAAAAAAAAAUCUGAAUUUUUCUUUGUCAAAAGAAUUAAUUUAAUUUUUUAACCUAAAUUGAUCUAUUAAUAAUUUUAAUUUUAUAAAUAAAAAAAUUGCCUCACCCUGUGCUCCUCUCUCGCUAUAUAUAAUACGGCAAAUAUGUCCUCCAUCCAUUGUACUUACUAAAAUCAAUCAAUCAGUAUAGGUAAUUAAUUGAUAAAUGUUCUAAAUAUAUUAAUAAAAAGACCAAUAAGGCGCGCAAUAUGAAUGGGGGUCUAUUUGAGGGGGUGGCAUGGGGGUUGUGUGCAAGGCGCACACGGGCGGGGGUAACUGACCAAAGAGGGAUAAAAGUAGAGAAAAAAGCUCGAAAAUAAAUUAAUGUUUGUAGUUCACUGAAUUCCUCCGUGUCUAGUUGUUUGCCUUCCACUGGUUUUACUAUACCUAUAUAUAUUGAAGGAAUGUCGGAGCAUCGACACAAAUUCCACAUCAUAAACUUGAAGCAGUUUUACUUUUAAUUUAUGGAUUUUUUUCCACUUCUCCCCUUACCAUUCUUUUAUUCUUUUUCAUUAUUUUAACACAAACACGUUCAUCGGAGUUAAUAGAACAGCUGAAAGCUUCUUCUUUUUUUUUCGUAUUUCCAUUGAAUUUAUCGAUGGGUAAUCUAGAGUGGAAAUGGAUACCUACAUUUUAUAUAUGUAGGUAACAACCUAUAAAAUCAUUUGGAAAAUAGAGAACGGCUGCUGUGAGGGAAAGUGAUUUUUUGUACAUAUGCGGACUUCCCGUGUGACGCCCUGCAAAAGGAAUAUUGUCGGCUAUUGCCUCAUUUUUCCGAUUUUUCCUUCUCUCUCUCUCUCGCACUGUCUCUCUCUGUGUGUGAAUUGCAAAAUUGACGGAGAAUCAUUGGGGAAAUGCUAAAGUGCUACAAUCGAUGGCUCUUGCAGCAUUCAUUGAAACAUUUAGUUUGUGAGUUGGAGGAGGGAGUGAGGUAUAUAUCCUACCCUACAUAGUGCGAGUGUUUUAAAUUGCAAAACAAAACCUUGAAGAUCUACAAGUGUUCUAAUUUGCAAGAAUUAUUUGUUGAAUAUAAAAGUGAUUGGACUUCUUGAUGAGAUUCACGCCGCUGUCAUUGUAUUUAAUUUUGAUCUACUUUAUGCUGUUUUUUUUAUUGAAAGAAAAUAUUUCAGAAAAUUUAUUAAACUUCUUUCUAAGAGUUAAGACGUAUAAACUUCUUUUCUUGAUGUUAAUUUUUUAAUGCAAAAAAAAAAUUAAUUCACUAUGAAAAGCGUCUCAGUAGGAUAGCCACACAUUGUGAAAAAUAUUAAAGAAUUAUAACUUUUAUAAUAGAGUUUUUCUUUUCAGUGCCAACGCGUCAUGAAGAAAAAAAUGGAUUUUUUCAUUUAUAUUCAUCAAAAUUUUAAAUGAUUUUUUUUUCGCUUGAAAAAUCAAAUCUUUUUCUCUAUAAAACAAUUAAUUCAUUAAACAUUGAAUGAAGACAAACAACUAUAAAUUGAAAUAUUUAAUAAAGUAAUUAACAAUAUACCUAAAACUUUGUUAAGAAAGGAAAAUUUUCUUUUGAGAGAAAGAAAAUAGAAUUUCAAAAAGAAAUCUGACAGGACAUAUCGGGGAUUAUGUAUAAUGUAAAAGUUUUCCUUUUUCUUUUUGUCUGUCAAAAAUUUCCAACACAUGACUCAUAUGUAUUGUACAUAAGUUGUUGACAAGAUCUCAAAUUUCUCCUCGACUAUACUACAUACAACCCCUUUUCUUAGGGGGGAUGGCGUGCCGAAAAGUUCAGCACCCAAUGUCUUAAGUGGUCGAAGAGCCCCAACGAUUGUAUGUGAGGGAGCAAGAAAUGUGGAUGAUUUUCUCUUUGAGGAGGAUGUAUCGACGAGAAGGGGGGAUGUUUUGGGUAAAUAUUGUACUACUAUAUACAUACAUGUGUCUGUGUACAUAGUUUUGGCCAAAAAGAUGUGGCUAAACGAGAAGAAUAGAAUGGAGAGGGAGUGUGGAGUGGGUGAGAUUGAAUUGAAUUCACAAGAUUAAAUUGAUGAGAAAAAGUUAAUGUGUGACCAUCAAUUGGGGGUAAAUCGCCUUGCCCGAUGAAAUAGAAUUUGCUUACAUUUAGGUCAUUAAGUUUGCAAUAUCCAUCAAAAAAGUAGAGGAGGGGUGGGAAAGAAGGGAUUGAUUUUUGCUUUUAUUGAUUUUGUUGAAAGCUUUUUGGUAUUCUUAUUACUAAUGUUUGCUCCAAGGUUUGAUUUAAUUUCAAUUAAAAUUAAUUAAAUAAUUAAUGUAGUCAUCAUCAAUUGGCAAUGCGUCCACCGCUGUCUCAGUACUGACUACCGAAGCUCUAGCGCAAGAGCUAGAGCGUUCUUUUCUAUUUCUCUCCAAACAAAAAGCAUUUUCUUUGAAAGUUUUCUUUGAAAAUUCUUGCCAGAAGGAUUGAAAAAAAAACCUUUCAAGGUAGAACGGCCAUUUCAGGUUUCUUUGCCAAAAGAGAAAAAAAAAUGGCAUGUAUUGUGAGGAGUUUGCUUCAUUUCUCCUUUCUUACCUAUAUACCUCCAUUUCCUUAAUUUUGCGCAACAAUAUAAAAAGGAAAAAAGAAAGAGUGAAAGGCCAUUCAUCGCAAAAAUAAAUUAUAACACGAAAUUUAUGUUUUACGCAUCAUUAUUAUGUAUUUUGCCAAUUAAUAUAAACCAUUAUGUAUGUAGGUAUAUAUGCUGUAUAUCCAAAAUGGAAAGAAAGAAGUCAAGGACUUUGUAAUGGGAACUUAUAGAAGAAUUUGAUGAAGAAGAAGAAGAAAAAAAAGUUAUAAGUGAUGAAAGGAUGAAAGUAUAUUUAUUAAUUGUGGGUGUGUGUAUGUGGUUAGAGGAUAAUAUGUUUGAUAUGUGGAUGAAGGCAACUUUCACCUAAAUAUUCCACUAACUAUACUAUACAUAUAAUGCUAUAUAUGUAUGCUAUUUUAUGUAGGUAUUUAGAAGCGUCUAUUUUUCGUGUGCCAUCCACAUAAUUAUAAUUUUGCGGAGUAAGGGAAGUUCCAAUGGCCAAACCUGUGAAUCACUCUCGCACAUUAAUUUAUCCACUGAAAUUUGUUGUGUGAUGUGUGUUGCUCAUAGGGGGUUGUUUCGAGUUAUAUACAUAGCAUGGUGGUAAUGUAGUUGAGUGAGAGUGAGAGUUUAUUUCAUACAAACCAGGCAGUUGGAAUCACCCAACCUCAACUAAAAACCCCCAUCCUCUUCUUUCUCCCACAGUAAGCACCCACAAAAUAGCAUUAUGGGGGUGUAUUUUGUAUUAAAAAAAAAAGAAA